CAGAAACACCUGUCACAUGAUUACAGAUAGCACGUCUCAGCAGUCAGUCGAGCUACAUCAGGAUUAACUUUAGCAAGUCCUCAGACUACAGUGUUAAUCCCACAUAAUGUUGGAGUACUCCGACAUGAGCCAUAAUCAAAUACAUUUGGAUUUUCCAUACUCAUUUUCUGAGGACGGUCAACUGCGGCACAAAGUCACCUGUGAACCAUACAGGUUCACCUUCAGACUUGAUGACGUCCAUGGAACCGAACAGGAACAUCACAACCUCUGUCACUACAUCACUCAGCACGUGUAUGAUCUCUUAGAGAGGAACUUUCACCUUAUUAGGGUGCAUCUCGAGGAGGACGGUUUUGUAUUCAUGAGUCCUGGGGCGCUGUAUCAUCCUGGGAGUCUUCUGAUUCUGAUUCAGGACUGGGGAACUGUGCGGAGCGGCGUGUGGAGCUGGAAGCUUUCAGCUCACGAGGGACUGGAGCGAGGCAGUCAGAUCCCGUAUCUUCGCUGGGCUGCGCUGGAGUCAUGUGCCGUUAUCAUCAUGAACCCUAACGAGGGUGGGAAAACUCUAGAGCAUCACGUCCAUCUGGUCUGGGAACGCUUAGUUUCCCGGAGCUCCGCUGAGCACAUUUUUGUGGUCGCUCAUGGCUAUGGAGGCUUGGCUUUUGUGGAUCUGCUUUGCUGUCAGCUUGAAGAGGUUCAGCGUCGUGUGACGGCUGUGGCUUUCUUGGAUUCGUCUCACAACCUGUGGCAUCAGCCGCUGGGAAAGGCUGGACGCGACUGGCUAAAAUCCCACUCCAGGACUUGGAUUCUCAGCACCAAACCCCUGAAUCGCUCCGUCGGGUCUCUGAAGGCCGGCUGCCCGCAGAUUUCUGCAGGUACUCAGUGUCACGACUCUGCACCCAUCAUCUGCAUGGAGUCUGUUUUCCGCUUCUUCAGCAAGACCAUCCAACCAAAAGCUACACCAACUCCAUUUGAAAUCAUCACCAGGAGCAAGAGCCGUGCAAAGGACCAAAACAACAACUCAAUAUGAUCACACAAAUGGACUGACCUGAAGGAUCUGUGAAAUAAAUAAAAGACUAUGCAUCAAA